GGAACUCACACUAAACCCUAUCCUCAAUCACUCAUCAUUCAACCCUAGCACACAAGUAGCGUCUAGCAUACCCAUUAAGCCUUUGGCCGUGCACCAUCACCACUCAACUCGAGAUCACCUAGCUCAUACAUCAUCUAUAUUUAUCACUAUUGAACCCUAGACUCAAUUCACCUAAGUUCUCUUUGGCCUACACGUGAUCUAUACCUAGCAAAGAAGCAACCAGGAGAGAAUAGAACUCUUAAUAUGUGAGGACUUGACCGAGAUCCCCAACACCGGGACACUGGUUGCGGUUACACAAUAUCCGGUCCCUUCUAGCUUCAAAUUUCAAAACCUGUUUGUACAGUAUGUGACAAUUUAUGCACCCCGUCGACCUUCCCGAGAAAACAUCCCGGAUUCUAAGUACGUUGUUGUUGGGUGCUUGUGUAUUUAUACAUAUAAGUGUAUGCUUUGUGAUUUUCUAUUCUAUGCACCUUUCUCUACGUAAUUGCUUGUUUUGUUCUAAUUAACCGGUCAGAUCUUCUGUUUCCUACGGUUGCUUUGAUUUCUGUUACCACAAUUUUCUGGGGCUUGUCGCGAGGGUUCUAGAGUUUAAUCUCGUUAGUCAGGACCAGCCUUCUUCAAAUAUAGGAGGAAAAUCUAUAAUUUUUAGAGUUUAAUCUCGUUAGGGUUUGAGGUUUUCCUCAGAUGGAUAAGGAGAAAUCCCCGGGCCACGGUGGAGGUUUACCACCUCCGUCAGGUCGUUACUCUGGUUUUUUGCCCACGGGAAGUAGCUUCAGUGUGAAACCUGAGCCAUCUUCAGCAUCCCCAUCGUACCCGCCAUUGGCAGCAGGUUCUACUUCGGAAUCGGGACAUUUUGGACAUGGUAUGAGUGCUGAUUCCAGUCGCUUUAGCCACGAUAUUAGUGGAAUGACUGAUACACCACGGAAGAAUUUGGGUCAUAGACGUGCCCAUUCGGAAAUUCUCACCCUUCCGGAUGACAUUAGCUUCGAUAGUGACCUUGGUGUUGUGGGUGGUGCUGACGGUCCUUCAUUUUCGGAAGAGACUGAGGACUUGUUCUCUAUGUACCUUGAUAUGGAUAAGUUCAAUUCAUCAUCUGCUACGUCAUCUUUCCAAGUGGGUGAGCCAUCUUCUGCUGUGGCAGCACCAAGUCCGGCACUGACAUCGAUGGUAACACCAGCAUCUGGUGCAGUGACUUCUGCUGAGAAUGUUGCCAUUGGUGCUAACGAACGGCCCAGAGUUAGGCACCAACAUAGUCAGUCCAUGGAUGGGUCCUUGACAAUUAUACCGGAGAUGCUUGUGUCAGGUUCAGAAGAUAUAUCUUCAGUUGAUUCCCAGAAAGCCAUGCCAACUGCUAAGCUUGCAGAGCUUGCUUUAAUUGAUCCCAAGCGUGCAAAGAGGAUCUGGGCAAACAGGCAGUCAGCUGCUAGAUCAAAGGAAAGGAAGAUGCGAUACAUUGCAGAGCUUGAAAGGAAGGUGCAGACACUGCAAACAGAAGCAACUUCAUUGUCUGCUCAACUGACCCUCUUGCAGAGAGAUACAAAUGGUCUGACGGCUGAGAACAGUGAACUGAAACUGCGCUUGCAAACAAUGGAGCAACAGGUUCACUUUCAAGAUGCACUAAAUGAUUCACUCAAAGGAGAGAUUCAGCACUUUAAAGUGUUGACUGGCCAAGCUAUGCCAAACGGUGGUCCCAUGAUGAAUUUUUUGUCUUUUGGAGCUGGGCAGCAAUUCUAUUCUAACAAUCAGGCAAUGCACACCCAUUUAACGACACAGCAGUUUCAACAGCUUCAGAUUCAUUCGCAGAAGCUGCAGCAGCAGCAUCAGCUUCCACAACAUUCACUGCAUAAGCUUCAGCAACAAAUUGGAAGUUUGAAAAUCAGAGGAUCCAUGUCUUCUACCAGUCAAAAAGAAAAUGCUGCAGAUGUUAACCCUGAUGUUAUAAAAGAGUGUUGAGACAUUGGCAUGUACGCCUGGCAUUGGCGGGUCAUCGUACAAAAUUGUAGUUCAGUUGAGGUGGGCUGAUCGUGAUCUUCCAGUUCAAUUUUUCCGUUUUUAGUUUCUUGAAAAUUUGAAACUCAAGAGGAUCCAACACACUUCACAAUUCCGAUAGGGAGCAAUAAAAGGGGUGGGUACUUGAAACGUUACUGGGCUUCAAGUUGCUUCAUUCAGUGAAUGUUCAAUUACUUAUUCUGGAGUUCUAAUGGUCGAAUUUGUCGACCAAAUUUUAGUGGACAUCUGAUUGAGAUCAGUGAGACGACGGUAGUGCCUGUGCUAGGAACUCCCAAUUUUUCGUUUCAUUGAUUUUAAACGAAUUCGGUUCUUUAUUGGCAAUAUAUAUGUGUUAUGUUUUUCUCUAAUUGAACCUGUUUUGGAAAUCAUGCUCUCACCUUCAUGGAUUUUUGUCCAUGAAAUUGUAAUUGUCCGAUCUUCUUUCUUUUUCUUUUUUACCUUAGGAAGUUGUAUUAUUUAAGAAAGUAAGGCUACAUAUAGUUGUGAAGUGUGCAAGCGUUGUAUAAUUGCUUUGAAAAAGAGUGAGGUCUACUAUUAAAAAAUUAAUUUUCUUUUCA